CUAAUUUCUAAAUUCAUCUUAAAUUCUCAAUAAAUUUGUUCUACAAUCAACGACAUUAAUGAAUAUUGUCCAAUUAAGUAUAGUUGGAGUUUUUAUCUCCAUUUUAUUGGUAACGUUAAUUUAUCCCAUACCAUGGACAACGUUAAAAUAUGAGCAGCCCGAACCGCCACCGAAAAAUGUUGCCAGUUUUUCAGAUUUGAUUAAACUAGGAUCAUCUUUUAUGCCUGUACCUAGAUCAACUAUGUACAAGCAGAUGAAGCCGACAGCAUUGAAGAAAAUGAUGCACUUAUGCAGGCAAUUUGUGGAUAUUUUACCAAAGCGUUUUGGAACUUAAUUGGAAGCUUUAAUGCAAAUUGUACCUAUCUAAUAUUAAUAAUUAUUCGAUAUACAACUGAAAUGAAAUUGAUUAAAUUUUUCAUUAAAUUU